AUGGCUGAAAGUAAUAUUGAUUGCCCUCAAUUAACAGAUAACAAUAAUGAUAAAAUAAAUAAUAUUGAUGAAAAUGAUAAAAAUAAUCUUUUAAUUUCUUUAACAAAUUUAUUAAUCUUACAAAAUACUCAUAAUAAUUGUAAUAAUAAUUUUACUAAUCAAUUUGAAGAAUUAAUAAUGUUAAAUACUGGAACACAAAAUUCUAUAAAUAAUGAAGGACAUGAAAUUUCUAAUUAUCCAUCUUUUUUAAAUAAUGUCCCAAUAAUGAAUACUAAAAAUAAUAAUGAAUUAUCUUUAGUACAAAAUAAGCAAAUACCAUUUGUAUUUCAAAUCCCAAAACGUCCUGAUCAUGGUACUCAAGGAAGAGAAAUUGAUUUAAAAGCAAAUUUUUUUAAAAUAAAAAUUCCAUAUAUAAAUAUUGUAUGGUAUUAUGUAGAAAUAUUUCCAGAAAAUUGUCCUAGAAAAGUUAAUCGUCAAGUAAUGGAAACAUUAAUUUCUACUCAUCCAAAUAUAUUUGGUAAUUUAAAAAUAGUUUAUGAUGGUAAAAAAAAUAUGUAUUCAAAAGAAAUUCUUUCUAUAGGAGGUGAUAUGAUUGAAUUUGAAGUUAAUAUUGGAGUAAAUCCAAAUGAAGAAAGAUUAUUUACAGUAACAAUAAUUUAUCAAAAUACAAUUUCUUUACAACUUUUAGAUGAUGUUUUUAAUGGAUUACUUUCAAAUGUACCAUCUGAAUGUAUAAAAGCAUUAGAUAUAAUUUUAAGACAUCUUCCAUCUAUUGAAUAUACACCAGUUGGAAGAUCAUUUUUUUCACCACCAGAUAAUUUAAUUAUUGAAAGAAUUAAUUAUAGACCAGAAUCUGCAAAAUUAGGAGGUGGGCGUGAGGUAUGGUUUGGUUUUCAUCAAUCAGUUCGCCCAUCAGAAUUACGUAUGAUGUUAAAUAUUGAUGUUUCAGCAACAGCAUUUUACAGUAAAGUUUCAGUUUUACAUUUUUUAUGUCAAGUAUUAGAAAUACCUAUUCCAGAACCUAGAGAAAAAUUAUCAUUAUCUGAUGCUCAAAGAGUUAAAUUUUGUAGAGAAAUAAAAGGUUUAAAAAUUGAAGUAACACAUUUAGGGCAAAUGCGUAGAAAAUAUAGAAUUUGUAAUGUCACAAGAAGAUCAGCCUAUUCUCAAACAUUUCCACUUGAUAAUGGAAAUGGUAAAAGUACAGAAUGUACUGUCGCAAGAUAUUUUUCAGAUAAAUAUAAUAUUAAAUUACGAUAUCCAUUUUUACCAUGUUUACAAGUUGGUCAAGAAAAUAGACAUAUAUAUUUACCAAUUGAAGUAUGUAAAAUUGUUUUAGGACAAAGAUGUAAUAAAAAACUUAAUGAUAGUCAAACAUCUAUAAUGAUUAAAGCAACAGCACGAAAUGCUCCUGAUAGAGAAAGUGAAAUAACAAGUUUAGUUAGAAGAGCAAAUAUGAUUGAUGAUGAAUGGGCUAAAGAAUUUGGUAUAUCAAUAAAUGAUGAAAUGACUGAGGUAAAGGGAAGAAUUCUUCCUCCACCAAAACUUAUGUAUAGUAGAGAUACAAAAUCAACAGUUAUACCAUUUCAAGGUGUAUGGGAUAUGCGUAAUAAACAAUUUCAUACAAGUUUUGAAGUUAAAACAUGGGCUAUGGCUUGUUUUGCUGAACAACUUCAUGUUAGAGAAAAUGAUUUACGUGAAUUUACAGUACAUCUUAGAAGAAUAUCAACAGAUGCUGGUAUGCCAUUAAUUGGUAAUCCAUGUUUUUGUAAAUAUGUAGGAGGUGUUAGUCAAGUAGAACCAAUGUUUCAAUAUUUAAAAACUACAUAUCCUACUCUUCAAUUAAUAAUUGUAAUUUUACCAGGAAAAACACCAAUUUAUGCUGAAGUAAAAAGAGUUGGUGAUACUAUUUUAGGUAUUGCAACACAAUGUAUUCAAGCUAAAAAUGUUAUCAAAACUACAUCACAAAAUCUUUCUAAUUUAUGUUUAAAAAUAAAUGUUAAAUUAGGAGGUGUUAAUACAAUAUUACUUCCAUCAGUUAGACCACCUAUAUUUAAUGAACCAGUUAUAUUUUUAGGUGCUGAUAUAACUCAUCCACCUGCUGGUGAUCCAAAAAAACCAUCAAUUGCUGCUGUUGUUGGUUCAAUGGAUGCUCAUCCAUCACGUUAUGCUGCUACAGUUCGUGUACAAUCAACAAGACAAGAAAUAAUUACUGAUCUUGCUUUUAUGGUUAGAGAAUUAUUAGUACAAUUUUAUAAAAGUACACAUUUUAAACCAACAAAAAUUGUACUUUAUCGUAAUGGUGUUACUGAAAAUAAUUUUUUAAAUGUUCUUCAAUAUGAACUUAGAGCAAUUAGAGAAGCAUGUAUGUCAUUAGAAAGAGGAUACCAACCUGGAAUUACAUUUAUUGUUGUUCAAAAACGUCAUCAUACAAGAUUUUUUGUAUGUAAUAAAGAUGAACGUGUUGGUAAGGCACAAAAUAUUCCACCAGGUACUAUUGUUGAUUCUGGAGUAACUCAUCCAACUGAAUUUGAUUUUUAUCUUUGUUCUCAUGCUGGUAUUCAGGGAACAUCUAGACCAUCACAUUAUCAUGUUCUUUGGGAUGAUAAUAAACUUAAUUCAGAUGAAUUACAAAUAUUAACCUAUCAAUUAUGUCAUACUUAUGUUCGUUGUACUAGAACUAUAUCAAUACCAGCACCUGCAUAUUAUGCAUAUCUUGUAGCAUUUCGUGCUCGUUACCAUUUAGUAGAUCGUGAACGUGAUUCUGGUGAAGGAUCACAACCAUCUGAAACAUCAGAAGAUACAACAAUGUCAAACUUGACUCGUGCUAUUAGGGUUCAUCCUAAUGCUAGCAAAGUUAUGUAUUUUGCAUAA